AUGAGUGUCGUACGAGGAUUUCACACAGCAUCCAUAUUAGCAAAUGGAUUAGUAUUAGUUGCUGGUGGAGUCAACAGCAGUGGUACUGUUAAUAGUGCUGAAUUGUACAAUCCAUUAACAGGCACCUGGAUGACCACAGGGAGCAUGAAUGUUACACGAAAAUAUCACACAGCAUCCACGUUAGUAAAUGGAUCAGUAUUAGUUGCUGGUGGAUUCAACGGUGGUUAUCUUAAUAGUUCUGAAUUGUACAAUCCAUCAACAGGUCUUUGGACAACCACAGGAAGUAUGAAUGACGUACGAGAUUAUCACACAGCAUCCACGUUAGCAAAUGGAUCAGUAUUAGUUGCUGGUGGACAAGAUAGCAAUAGUGGUCUCCUGGAUAGUGCUGAAUUGUACAAUCCACCAACAGGCACUUGGGCAGCUACAGGAAGCAUGAGUGUUGCACGGAGAUAUCACACCGCAUCCAUAUUAGCCAAUGGGUUAGUAUUAGUUACUGGUGGAUACAACAGCGGUAGUAUUGUUCUCAUUAGUGCUGAAUUGUACAAUCCAUCAAGAGGUAUUUGGACAAUCACAGGAAGCAUGAAUAUCGCACGAAAAUUACAUACAGCAUCCAUAUUAGCAAAUGGAUUAGUAUUAGUUGCUGGUGGACAAGAUACCAAUAAUGCUCCCAUCAAUAUCGCUGAAUUGUACAAUCCAUCAACAGGCACUUGGGCAAUCACGGGAAGCAUGAAUAUCGCACGAUAUUCUCACACAGCAUCCACAUUAGCAAAUGGAUCAGUAUUAGUUGCUGGUGGAAUGAGCAACACUAGUGUUUAUCUGAACAGUGCUGAAUUGUACAAUCCAUCAACGGGCACAUGGACAACUACAGCAAACAUGAGUAUCGCACGAUAUAUACACACAGCAUCCAUAUUAACAAACGGAAAGAUAUUAGUUGCCGGUGGAAACGGCGCUAGUGGUUAUCUCAAAAGUGCUGAGCUUUAUUAA